UUAUAUCUAUAUAUAUAUACAUAUAUAUAUAACACUAGAGUGACCUCUCUCUAUACCUUUAUCCCAUCAACUCAUCCACUCGUCGGAUUAAUCUUUGACUACCCAGUAAAAACCCAUCUCCCUCCGCCGUUCUAGAGAGAGAAAGUUCAAAACGACAUAUACACAAUGGCACUAGAGGCUGUCGUUUUUCCACAAAACCCAUAUUUUAGUUAUAGUGCUAAUAGAGAGCUCUACGCCAUGAUCGGAGUUGGAGGCAACUGGGUCAGUUACGCCGAUGACGACGAAAGCAACAACAAUAACAGUAUUAAUAUCUACGAUCAUCAAGAUCAAGCUGAUGCAGCUCCUUCUGCAGCUUCCUUUGAUUUUCUCGGGAACCAAACGGAAAGUAGUACGUGUCCUUAUGGGGACUGGAACCCCUCUCCUUCUUCUUCUAUGGUACCUCACUUUAACGAACUGCACCUCUCCAACUCCAAUCCAUCCCCGGAUGCAGCCAACGGUAACAAUAACACUGCUACUACUACAGAUGAUUUCCAACCGUUCGAUGCUUUGACCGCUUUCCCGCAGACGACGAUGACUGCUCGUCCAAAACGACGCCGUUCUAGAAGCAGAAAGAACAAAGAAGACAUUGAAAACCAGAGAAUGACUCACAUUGCGGUGGAGCGAAAUAGAAGAAAGCAAAUGAAUGAGUACCUCUCUGUGCUUCGGUCUUUAAUGCCCGAUUCUUACGUCCAAAGGGGUGACCAAGCGUCGAUCAUCGGAGGAGCCAUAAAUUUCGUUAAGGAGCUAGAGCAACAUGUACAAUUCCUCGGUGCCCAGAAAGAAAGUCAUGAUCACCAAAACUCGGAGGAUGAUCAUCAUCAUCAUCAGAGUGGCGGCCAAGAUGACAGUAUGCCGUUUUCUGAGUUCUUCACCUUCCCACAGUACUCGACGAGCUCGAUCACUCACUGUGAAAACUCGGCGGCAGCCAUGGCGGGAGAAUCUCCGUCGUCGUCAGUGAGCAGAGAAAGGAGAUCGGCCAUUGCUGACAUUGAAGUGACAAUGGUGGAGAGUCACGCAAGCCUGAAAAUAAGGUCGAAGAAAAGAUCAAAGCAAUUGCUGAAAAUGGUUUCUGGGUUACAUACUAUGAGACUCACAGUACUUCAUCUUAAUGUUACAACCCAAGAUCAAAUUAUCUUAUAUUCAGUCAGUGUCAAGGUGGAAGAAGACUGCAAGUUGAGUUCAGUGGACGAAAUAGCGACAGCGGUGUAUCAGAUCCUAGCUAGAAUUCAAGAAGAGACAUUAAUAAUGGCCAAUUGACUAUCAAAAUUUGGUGAUUGGUCUUUUUUAUUAUUAUUAUUGUUAUUUUAUGAUUAUUAACGAGUUUGGUAGAGCUAGCUAGUUCUCUGUUUAUUAUAUACCCCUUAUUGAUGAAAUUAUGAUCAUAAUCAUGUAUACCAUAUUUGGGGUGUACUUAUUAUAUAAUAUUCCUUAAUUAGGAUAGUGAUCAAAUUAAUUAAUACAUUUAAUAUGUUUUUUUAUUGCAUUCAUAUAUACUAUCUUUCAUUUUUGGCA